AUGAGAUGUGGAUAUCGAUUGUUAAUAUGCGCCGCGGUUGUGCUUUUCUUUCCGUUAUAUCUCUUGAAAUCCCAUCUUCAGGAUCUCGGCAAUCAGUAUAGCGCUGGCGCAUACUUGGCCGACUGGUUCAACGGCAAGCAGCCGCAGCAUGGCAGUGUUGCAUCUCACCAUGGAAAACCGGGGGAUAAAGUGAUUAUCAUGGCGAAACUGGAGGAGGAGCAUACCGAGUGGGUUGAGGAGGAGCUGCCAGAAUGGCAGCGUGCGAUUUAUAUCGUCAACCCUUCGCCGGCGUCCUACGCGGACGAGAAUGUUCUGAAAACACCCUACAACAAGGGCCAUGAGGCCAUGGCUUACCUGACCUACGUGAUUGACUUCUACAACAAACUCCCCGCCACUCUCGCUUUCCUCCAUUCUCAUCGCUCCGGUUUUCUGAUGGCAUGGCACGUCGAUGCGCCCCUCCACGACAAUGCAGCGGCCAUGCGAUCACUUCAGACAGAUUUUGUCCAGCAGAACGGUUACGUCAAUUUACGAUGCAAUUGGAACCCGGGGUGCAAGGAUGCUCAUCGCAAGAAUAGCCAUGUGACAGAGGAGGUUUGGACACAAAUGUUUGAGGGAACCAGCACACCGCCAUUGAACUCCUCUGUCUCCAUGAGCGAGGCCGCGUCAAUGUCCGUUGAGCAAAACCAAAAGUUUCUCCGCAUGCCCGAACGAGUCGGAACCGCGUGCUGUGCACAAUUUGCCGUCUCGCGAGAUCAGGUCCUAAAGCGCCCCCGUGAUGACUACAUCAAGUUCCGGCAAUGGCUUAUCGACACGGGGAAAAAUGACGCCAGCAGUGGGCGGGUCAUGGAGUUUAUGUGGCAUGUCAUUUUUGGCAUGGAAUCAGUAUACUGUCCCGACGAGGAAGUUUGCUAUUGCCAAGUUUACGGUAAAUGCUGA